GAGAAAGGGCGGAUUGGGAGAGGGAUGGUCUGAGGGCGGACCCUGGAGGGGAAGGUGAGGAGAAUCUCCACUGGGAGAGGAGGGUGUGGGGAGAGGAGUCAGGCGGGAAUUCAACGGGAGAAGCUAUGGGGAGGCGGACGAAAGCGGAGUGUCCUUCCAGUGAGGAGGGGAAAAGGAGACCCCCCCCCAAGCCAGUCACCAGGGCUGAGGGGAUCCCCUGGGUCCGCGAGACUGACAGGAAAUCCCUCCGGAGUAGCUGAGAGGGAGGAGAGCAGAGGAAAAGGGCCCCUCGCUCACGAACCCCCCAAGUCUGAAUCUGUGGGGGAAGCAGGGCUGCGUCCCAAGGAUUGAACGGGGACAAAACUCAGGGAAGGAACAAGAGGGAAGGAGCAGAAACCCAGGGAACAUUUGGCCCCCGUUUCUAGAAAGCGGAACAUCCGCCUUAAUUAUUAUUAUUAUUUCAUUUCUACCCCACCCAUCUGGGGGCAGGGCACUAAGCGGCUGUCUUGAGGGACUCUGAGCCGAGAAUCACAGAGAACUCUGCACAUGCCCUGGAUCACCCGGAUUCUGGGAGGGAAGGAGGACAGCCAGCCAGGGGGCUGUGCUCAGCUUGGGAAGGGUUAAAUGGAACAGAGCCGGAGUCCUAGAGAGGACAGGAAGUAGAGAAGCGGGGCGGGCUCUCCAGAGCAGAAUCCCCUCCCUCCGUGCCCAGUCCCGUCUUUUGUCUCUUGUCUCCUCCCCGCGCUGCCUCGGUUUCCCUCCGAGGUAAGAUACUUUACAUUUCUCCCUGUUAAAAUUCAUCUUGUUUGUUUUGGCCCAGUUCUCUAAUCUGUCAAGGUCGUUUUGAAGUGUGAUCCUGUCCUCUGGGGUGUUAGCCACCCCUCCCAGUUUAGUGUCAUCUGCAAAUUUGAUCAGGAUGCCCUUGAGUCCAUCAUCCAAGUCGUUGAUAAAGAUGUUGAAUAAGACCGGGCCCAAGACAGAACCCUGUGGCACCCCACUAGUCACUCUUCUCCAGGAUGAAGAGGAACCAUUGAUGAGCACCCUUUGGGAUCGGUCAGUCAGCCAGUUACAAAUCCACUGAGUGGUAGCAUAGUCAAGACCGCAUUUUACCAGCUUCUUUACAAGAAUAUCAUGGGGCACCUUGUCAAAUGCCUUGCUGAAAUCAAGGUAGGCUACAUCCACUGCGUGCCUUCAUCUACCAGGCUUGUAAUUCUGUCAAAAAACGAGAUCAGGUUAGUCUGACACGACUUAUUUUUCAGAAAUCCAUGCUGACUGUUGGUGAUCACAGCAUUCCUUUCUAGGUGCUCACAGACUGUUUGCUUAAUGAUCUGCUCCAGAAUCUUCCCUGGUAUUGAUGUCAGACUGACUGGGCGGUAAUUAUUUGGGUCCUCUCUUUUCCCCUUUUUGAAAAUAGGGACAACAUUUGCCCUCCUCCAGUCUGCCGGGACUUCGCCUGUUCUCCAGGAAUUCUCAAAGAUGACUGCCAGUGGUUCUGAGAUCACAUCUGCCAGUUCUUUUAAUACUCUUGGAUGCAGUUCACCUGGCCCUGGAGACUUGAAUACAUCUAAACUAGCCAAGUAUUCUUGUACUAUCUCCUUAGUUAUUCUGGGCUGUGUUUCCUCUGCUGAAUCAUUUGCUCCAAAUUCUUCAGGUCGGGCAUUGUUUUCUUUAUCGGAGAGACUGAGGCAAAGAAGGCAUUGAGGAGUUCAGCCCUUUCUGUGUCCCCUGUUUGCAUUUCACCAUCUUCUCCUCUGAGUGACCCCACUGUUUCUUUGUUCUUCUUUUUGCUACGAACAUACCUGUCAGAGCUGGCUCCAGGUCCCAGCUCACAGAGGACCAACGCUAGCCGGCAGUAAUGUGCAAAAGUCUUUAUUGAAGUACAGUUUCCAUUUUCAAGCCGGAGCGCCCCAGCUCUACGUCUAGGGGUUAGAUCGGCGAAGCUCCAUCUGAGUCUCCGCCCCCUGUACACCAGUUUAAGAUUCUAGCCUUACUCCACCUCUUACGUCUCUCCUUUCUCCUCUGGGUCCUGCUACCCCCCGGGGUCCCUUCCUUCCUGGAUUCUUCUGACGCUGACCCUCCUGACUCCUCCCCCUCUUUUCGGCGGGCUUUGGGACCUGGCUCCCUAUCCGGGCUGCCAACUGCGCCGCCCUCCUGUACAUUUGAACUUGGCGCGCGCGCCCAGCCUUCAACCUUCCUCUCGACCGUUUCCUCGCUCCCCGAUGGAGGCGUGGCCAAUCCUGACUCAUGUCCUCCCACUGGCAGUGCGCCGCCUGAGCCCGAGGCCAGGGACUCCUCCCCCCGACGGCACUCUGGUGUGGACGCUGGUCCUGAUUUCCAACUGCUGCUCUCUGAGUCCCCUCUGGCCCCUUCUUCCUGGGGUGUCCCCCUCGGCACCCCCCUUGCUCUGACCAAGGGAGCCCCUUUCUGUGAAUCUUCCGAUUCGCUGGAAAGACUCAGAGACCUCGGACCGCUGUCAUCGCUAACAUUUCCUUCGGACUCCUCCCCCUCGCUCUCUAUUUCCUCCCUUUCCUGUGCCUCUGCUCCUGAACCCCUGACAUCCAUCCCCCCCUCGAAGCCCCCCCAUCCCCCCACCCCUCCGUCAGGUGUGGGUACUGGGUGCUCCGUCGUUGUGGGGGUGAGUGCCGGAUACAGUUCGUCCCCCGUGGCGUGCAUCCAGCCGGAUAAGUCCGGCUCGUCCUCCGUGCUCUCGCCGACCUCAAUUUCCUCUGCUUCCAUCUCUUUGCCGCCGUGCUCGGGCCCAAGGUCCUCCCCCAACACGUCCAUGUCCGUCUCUCCCCGGUCUCCUCCGGGGCGUUGCCUGCCAAGGACCCCCCAACCACUUCCUGCGCCCCUGCUCCUCUGUUUGAUUGUCCCACCAAUAGGAAGGGUCUGAGGCAGACCCGAGGGUGAUCCCUCCGGGGAACGUGUUUCUAGUGCCGGUUCCUCGUCCGAGGUGAACCCCUGGAAUGUGCUAGCUGAAAAUGUGGGUGUGAAAAGCCAGUCGUCGAAAUACUCGGCUGGCAUGGGCCUGUGUGGGAAAAGGGCAUGGAACUCGUCCUUAAGCCAAGAUUCCUCCAGAGCAUAAUCUGGCACCCAACUGUUGGCGCUAGCCGAGGUACCUUCCUUGGCGAGGAGGUAUUCCACUCCCUCCUCGCCCAUCUCGAGUCUAAAAUCUCUGUGACUUCGUUGACGGGUUCCCGCCUUGGCGACCCCCCCCUUGUGGGCGUUUCCCUGAACGGGUCUGGUGCCGUUCCUGGCUCCUGAAAUCUAUGAGGUGCUUUGUAGGGCGUGAGCACUGAUCUAUGGAAAACUGGGUGCAUUCUGGAUCCCUCCGGCAGUGUCAACCGGAAGGCCACUGGAUUGACCUGUGCCUCGACUUGGUAGGGUCCUAGCUGCUUAUGCCCUAGCUUCUUCUUCGCUAACGAUCUGGCCGGCACUGCCUGGGCUGCUAACCAAACCCAGUCUCCCACCUGUAUGUCUUCCCCAACCCUUCUGUGCUUGUCAGCCUGCAGUUUGUAUGCGUGCUUUGCUAGUUCUAACUGCCUCCGAAGCUGUUCGUGAACCUCCUGCAACUCUGAUGCUAAGGCUUCCGCUGCCUGUGGCUCCCCCUCCCCCUCUCUCGCUAAUCCCGGGAAGGUUCUGGGAUGCCUCCCGUUGUUGGCGAAGAACGGUGUCACCCUCGUGGACACGUUCUUCGUGUUGUUGUAGGCGAACUCAGCGGCGGCAGGUAGUCCACCCAUGUUGCCGGCUGCUGAUUUGCGUAGCAUCUCAGGUACUGCUGCAUGAUGGCGUUGACUCGCUCCGCUUGUCCGUUCGUCUGCGGGUGUCUCGCCGGCGCUAGGUUGAUCUUGACGUUCAGGAAACCCAUCAGCUUCUGCCAGAAGUUCGAGAUGAACUGUCGCCCCCGGUCGGACAGGAUGGGGCGUGGCAGACCGUGAACCCUGAACACGUGGUCUAUGAACAGUUUGGCGGUCUGUUCCGCCGUGGCCACCUUCGCGCACGGAAUGAAGUGGGCCAUUUUGGUGAACAUGUCCACCACCACUAGCACUGCCGUCUUGCCCCUCGAGCUGGGUAGAUCCGUGACAAAGUCCAGGGCCACCCUCUCCCACGGUUCGAUCGGUGUCUGCAGCGGUUCGAGCAGUCCCGCCGGCGGUUUGUGCACUGACUUGGCCCUUUGGCAGGUGUCGCACCUCGAGGCGUAAUCCGCGACUUCCCCCGCAUCUUGGGCCACCAAAAAUCUCUGGCUACUAAUUCUACCGUCUUCUCUUUGCCAAAGUGCCCGGCGGUGGGUGCGUCGUGCAACUGCUGCAGUACUUUCGCGCGGAGGUCGUCUCCCGGUACGUAGAGGGCCCCUCUGCGGAUGAGCAAUCCGUCGCGUAUCUGGAACUCGUCGUCCUCCGCCGUGCCCCUUUGCACCUCUGCCAUCUUUGCUUGCGCGAAGGGGUCCUCCUGCAGUGCUCGGCGUACAGCAUCCAGGUCCACGGUUGCUGAAGCGCACGCCCACGCUUUCGGUGCGAAAAUGUGCUUGGCCGCUGCUGGUGCCGCCUCCUCGAGGUAUUGCGGCUUUCUGGACAGUGCAUCCGCCAUGAUGUUGUUGUCGCCUGGGAUGUACUCUAUCCUGAAGUCGAAAUCCGCAAAGAACUCCGCCCAUCGUAUGUGCCUCUGGUUCAGGAACCUUGCCGUGCGCCAGUACUCCAGGUUUUUAUGGUCCGUGCGGACCUGCACUGUGUGUUUGGCUCCAAUGAGGAAGUGCCGCCACGCCUUGAAUGCUGCAUGAAUGGCCAGCAACUCCCUGUCCCAGAUGGUGUAGUUCUGCUCUGACUUGCUGAGCUUCCUGGAGUAGAAGGCACACGGUCUCCAGUCCCCAUGCGGGUCUUGCUGCAACAGUACUGCUCCCACGGCUCUGUCUGAGGCGUCCGUUUCAACCCUCAUCGGUCUGCUGGGAUUCACAUGCAGUAGCUGCUCUUCGGACGAGAAGAGACGGCUUGAGUUUCUGAAAGGACUGUUCCGCUUGCUCCGUCCAGAUGAACUUCUUCUUCUUGGAGCUGAGUGUGUCGGUAAUGGCUGCCGUCUGCAUCGCGAACCCCUUGAUGAACUUGCGGUAAAAGUUGGCGAAACCGACAAACCGUUGGACCUCCUUCCGAUUGCGCGGGCUCUUCCAGUCCAACACUGAGCGAACCUUGGCGCUGUCCAUGGCGAGCCCCUUGUCCGACAACUUGUAGCCCAGGAAAUCUACUUCCUUCAUGUCGAACUGGCACUUUUCCAGCUUGGCGUACAGCCUGUGCUCCUGCAGUCUCUGCAGAACUUCCUUGACGUCUCCCUCGUGGGCCUCCUCUGAUUCUGAAAAUAUCAGGAUGUCGUCCAGGAAGCAGACGCAUUUCUUGUAGAGGAGACCCGCCAAUACGUGAUGCAUGAAGGCUUGAAAACAGUGGGAGCCAUUUUGUAAUCCAAAGGGCAUAACUCUGUAUUCAUAGGUGCCCAGGGCGUGAACAUGGCAGUCUUCCAUUCGUCGCCCUCCCGCAUGCGAAUCAGGUUGUACGCCCCUCGCAGAUCCAACUUUGUGAAAACGCGUCCUUUCCUCACCGUUGCGAGCAGGUCAUCUAUCUUGGGCAUGGGAAAGGCUGUGGGCUUGGUUUUUGAGUUCAAAAUUCUAUAGUCCACCACAAGCCUUUUUUGGGGCGUGUCCUUCUUCUUCACAAAGAAUACAGGACUGCCCCCCACUGCCUUCGACUCCCGGAUGAAACCGCGCUUCAAGUUGAGGUCUAUGAACUCCCUGAGUUCCUGCAGCUCGUCUUCGGACAUGGAAUACAGUUUCCCGGUUGGCAGCGUCGCCCCUGGCAGGUCAAUCUUGCAGUCAUAAGACCUGUGGGGGAGGUAGCUUGUCCGCUUCCUUCUGCAGAAAACCUCCAAAAACGCUGCGUACUUGAGUGGCACUGCUUGCAGCGUGCCUAAUUGUAGCUGCGGGUCAUCCUCUUCCCCUUCCGGGCUAGGCAGAAUGCAAUGUUCCGCACAGUAUGAGGAGCCGAAGGUCAGUUGUCGCUGGUACCACGCCAAUGCUGGGCUGUGCCUGUGCAGCCAACUCAUGCCUAAUACUAUAGGCGUGUCCGACAGUUGGGUGACAUUGAAGCUGAUGACUUCUCGGUGAUUCCCAAUUUGCAUCACCAUCGGGGCGUUUGCUGCACCGCCUGCCCCCAGCAAUUCCCUGCCAUCCACCGUGACAACUUUCAGAGGCAGCGUGGCUGGCAGGAGUGCUAUGUUGUGCUCUUGAAGGAAAUCCAGUCCUAUGAAGUCUGCGUUACUACCAGAGUCAAUGGUAAUCGGCACUUCCAUAGUGAGUCCAUUGGGUAGUUGGAGCGAUGCUGUGAGCUGCACCACUGGUUUGGGCGGGAGGGGUCUGUGGGCUGCAAAAUCUCUGGGGACGGCUUCAUUGACUUGUCUGGUUGGGCCCCAGUGCCUCUUCCUCCAACCAGACUCUGUCGUUUCCCUGCUGUGUUUCUCUCUGCUGAGUUGCUUCUGUUACUGUUGCUGAGGCUGCAGUGUGCUUGUGGAGCCUCUGGGGACACUCUUUCGCCAUGUGCUGAGCACUGUCGCAGAUGUAGCACUUCCUGUUCCCUCUAGGAGGCUUCGCUUUGACUGCUCCCGGUGUUAAGGCUCUGGUUGUUGACUGAGCCCUGGCGCCUCCAAUCUCCAUCGGUUGCUCUCCCCCUCCUUGCGGAGGUGGGGAUUGCACACGCGCUGUAUCCUUGGGAAAGAGGGGGGUGCUCUCACUGGCGUACGUCCCCAACGUCCUUCUUCUCUGUUCCAUGGACGUUCUUCCAGACGCACCCCAAUUUGCAGCGCCCGCCGGACAACCUCCUGAGUGCUCUUUGGUCUCUCCCCCCUUGCAAUCUCAUCUUUCACAUUUGCAUUCAAGCCUUCCCAAAAAAGGUCUCUGACUGGGGCAGAAUCCUUCUCCCAUCCCAGCGCAUGGACUAAUGCAAAAAAGCGGGAAUGGUACUGCCUUACACUGGCUCUGCCUUGUUUGAGCCCAUGUAUGUCUUUUCUGGCGAUAUCAAUGUCUAUAUUUGAUAAAAAACACGAAUCCAUCGCUUUAAUGAAUGCAUCCGCAUUUUGGAGCGCCGGAUCCUUAUCUCUCCACAGAUUGCGCAGCCACGCUUUAGCUUCCCCAUGCAAAUGGGACAAGAUAAACCCACCUUCUCUUGCUCAUCUCUAAAGUCUUUAUCCAGCAGUUCCAGCGCAAACAGCACGUCUGCUCGGAAGUUAGGGUACUGCUGCAAAUUCCCAUCGAAAUGAGAUACCAGGCUGCCUCCUCUUUUCCCCAGCCCAAUCCCCUCUGAUUUGGGUCCCGGUUGCCCCUGCUUAGCAAGCACUUCCAACCUGGCUUGGAGAUCCCUGCAGGCGGCAGCCGCUUCCUCUUCCCUUUUCCUGGAUGCGAGUACCUCCGCGUUGAGUUGUGUCACUGCAUUUUGCAGGGCUGCUAGUUGCUGUUCUGUAGUCAUCUUGCCUGACUUUUGUGAGCUCGCAAAGCACCAAUCUUCUUCCCUCGCUGCGUCCACUCACGUUACGAGGUUUUUGGUGCAAAACUUUAAGAGAUGGAGCUUACUGUCAGAGCUGGCUCCAGGUCCCAGCUCACAGAGGACCAACGCUAGCCGGCAGUAAUGUGCAAAAGUCUUUAUUGAAGUACAGUUUCCAUUUUCAAGCCGGAGCGCCCCAGCUCUACGUCUAGGGGUUAGAUCGGCGAAGCUCCAUCUGAGUCUCCGCCCCCUGUACACCAGUUUAAGAUUCUAGCCUUACUCCACCUCUUACGUCUCUCCUUUCUCCUCUGGGUCCUGCUACCCCCCGGGGUCCCUUCCUUCCUGGAUUCUUCUGGCGCUGACCCUCCUGACUCCUCCCCCUCUUUUCGGCGGGCUUUGGGACCUGGCUCCCUAUCCGGGCUGCCAACUGCGCCGCCCUCCUGUACAUUUGAACUUGGCGCGCGCGCCCAGCCUUCAACCUUCCUCUCGACCGUUUCCUCGCUCCCCGAUGGAGGCGUGGCCAAUCCUGACUCAUGUCCUCCCACUGGCAGUGCGCCGCCUGAUCCCGAUGCCUGGGACUCCUCCCCCCUACUGCACUCUGGUGUGGACGCUGGUCCUGAUUUCCAACUGCUGCUCUCUGAGUCCCCUCUGGCCCCUUCUUCCUGGGGUGUCCCCCUCGGCAACCCCCUUGCUCUGACCAAGGGAGCCCCUUUCUGUGAAUCUUCCGAUUCGCUGGAAAGACUCAGAGACCUCGGACCGCUGUCAUCGCUAACAUUUCCUUCGGACUCCUCCCCCUCGCUCUCUAUUUCCUCCCUUUCCUGUGCCUCUGCUCCUGAACCCCUGACAAUACCCAUAAAAGCCUUUUUUGUUGCUUUUAACCUCUCUAGCAAGCCUGAGUUCAUUCUGUGCUUUAGCUUUUCUGACUUUGUGUCUACACGUGCUAGCUAUUUGUUUGAAUUCCUCUUCGGUGGUUUCCCCCCUUUCCCAUUUUUUGUACACAUCCUUUUUUAAUCUUAACUCAGUUAAAAGUUCUUUAGAUAGCCACCCUGGCUUCUUUAGGCACCUUCCAUGUUUCCGUCUCAUUGGUAUUGCCUGACGUUGUGCUUUUAGUAUCUCCCUCUUAACAAACUCCCAGCCAUCAUGAACUCCCUUUCCUUUUAGUAUUACUGUCCAUGGGAUCUCACCCAGCACUUCCCUAAGUUUUAUGAAAUCGGCUUUCUUAAAGUCAAGAAAUUGAGCCCUAGUAUGCUUGGCUGCUCCUUUCCGCUGUAUAGUAAACUUCAGAAGAGCAUGAUCACUCGCGCCUAAUGAUCCUUCCACUUCUACCCCACUAACCUGGUCAUCAACAUUGGUUAGGACCAGAUCUAAAAUGGCUGUUCCUCUUGUUGCUUCUCCCACUUUCUGGACAAUGAAGUUGUCUGCAAGGCCAGUGAGGAAUCUGUUUGACCUUAUGCUCUUGGCUGAGUUUGACAUCCAACAAAUAUCCGGGUAAUUGAAGUCCCCCAUUACUACUAUCUCCCUUCCUUUUGCAUGCUUGGCCAUCUGUUCCAGGAAGGCAUCAUCUAUGUCCUCCGUUUGGCUUGGGGAUCUAUAGUAAACUCCCACAAUGAGGUCACUGUUAUUCUUCGCUCCUUAAUUUUGACCCAAAUGCUCUCACUUUGGCUUUGAGGUUCUAAAUCUUGGAUCUCUUCACAGGUAUACACAUCCCUGACAUAGAACGCCACUCCUCCUCCUUUCUUGUCUGGUCUGUUUCUCUGAAAUAGAUUGUAUCCCCCCAUUAUUACAUUCCAAUCGUGGGACUUAUCCCACUAGGUUUCAGUGAUACUCCCCACCUUCUGGGACAAAAUAGGGAUUAUCAUUCAUUGUGUGGCUCCUACUACUAACAGGGGACAUUGGUGCUAUCUCAAAAUAGACUAGUUCUAUCAAGCUACCCAAAGAUUUGAGAAUUUUGUCACAAGAGGAGCGUAAAGCUCACCUCUGGAGUUUUUGGAGGAUAUACAUGUCUGGUGUUCUUAAUAUUUAGGACAUGUGGAAGAUCUAUGCUUUGAUUGCUUCCGUGCCAGGGUGGGGGCCACAUUUUGGGACUGGAGACUUGCGAAGAUGGUGUAUAAGCACAGACAAUAUCUAAGGAGGAGGGGUGUAUUAGUUUCCUGAUAUUUCUAAAAUGUGGCAUCACCGGCUCCUCUGCUUGCACAUACAGAUUGGGUCCCCAUGCAACUCCUGACAGGCGGAUACGGCCACAACAUCUGUCUGGCUUGUGAUGAGAGAGCUCAGAGAUUGUGAACAGGGCUCUCCAUACAAAGCACCUAGCAUGGGGGCACCUACAUGUAAUAUCUACUCUGCUCUUUUCUGCCCAUGCUCUGGGGUUGCAGUUUUCAACACUUGGGGACAGGACGGUGACUGGUUUUUGUACCAAGUUCUGUCAGUUAUCCCCACUGAGUCCAAUGGGAUCUAUUCUUAGGCCACUACUGUGCAGACCAUGCCAGGCUUGCAAGUGGGGUGAGGAGCAUACAGAAGAAAUUGGAAUCACUGGAGAUGUUUAGAAAUGGGGCUUCUCUUGGGAAGGGGCUGCCCCAUUUGUGCUUCUUCAGGGGCAGGAGAUUAUCUAGGGCAAGAAAAUCCCUGCAGGGCCUCUGAGGCUCCCUUUGCUUCUUCCUCUCUCCCAGGACCCUGCAGCUUGUUGUGGCUUCUCGACUCCUCAGGAAGGAUGAAAGAGACGGAUCCUGCAAAGCUCGUAAGGAUGGAAGGCGGAAGAUGGAUGGUUGACCUGGUCAGGUUGUCUCCUGCAUCCCUUCGAACAACCUCUGAGCGUUCCCUCCCAGGGACCUCCGAGAGAUCUGGUGAGUUCCAGGGGAGUGGAGAUGGAGACAUGGAUGGAUGGAGCCGGAGAGGUAUUGGCGCUUGCUCGGGGGGGCACCAUUUCAGGCUCCUCCACCUGCCUGCCUGCGCCUUUGUCAUCUGCAGGCAAUUUGAGCUAGGAAUACAUCACAGCUCCCCGACCACCGCAAUGUAUUGGCAGCUCAAAAUGUCUAUAACCAGCACCAUGAUUGAAUGCUCUACCAAUGUCAGACAACUUACCGAUCCUUCAGGCAGCACUAGAAGCCAUGACUCUUGAAAGUAACCUGAUCCUGGGCUUCCAAUUUGUCUGCGAAGGGAAAUGGCGAGGCGGUGUGAGUCGUCUGUCUAAAAGACAACCCUUACCGGGGCUUUUGAGCAGUGGGGGUGAGUGCCAGGGUUAGACACUCCCCCAAAAAGCUCCAAGGGUAGUGGGGUGUCGAGGGGACCAGCCGGGCAUGAAGAGGCUUGCCGCGAUUGCUGGAGCCCCAACGCUGCAUUGGCAGUGAGUGGAGGGUGUGUGUAUGUGUGAGACAGCGGCUUGAGCCUGCCCGUGGCUCCAGCACAGGUCAGAAACCUGAAACCACAAAUCGCCACCUGAAGCAGCAGACUUUCAAAGGAAAAAAGGUAUUGUCAAUUAUUAUGGGCUUUUCAAAAUAAAAAGGAUUGGAUUUAAUUUAGAUUUGGCAAAGACGGAAUCUAAACAGGAAGUCAACUUCCGUCUUUUGAAGGGAAGAUUUUGCGGUACAGACUUGUGUAUGGGAAAAAAACUUUGGAGACACAUCAGUCUUUAGAUACUUUUAAAACUGUACUUUGUUACUUUGCUACCUAUUAACACUAUGUACUCUAGAUACAAGAAGAAACUGUAGCUCUUUGUUCUUUGAUUCCUUAAAAGGAAGAUACAGGAAGCGAUUGGAGUACUCUCAGUUUUUUUUGAAUGGGGAUGCAGAUUUUAUGAAUGAAAGCACUGAAAGGCUUGAAAACAUUGCAAAUUCUUUUUUAAAAAACCUCUAAAAAGGACCCUGGAUCUUGGCAAGUCCUACCAAAGCUUGGCAGGAGGACACUUUUCCAUAACUGGGAGGUAAUCCCAGGGAGGGGAAGUCCCUGGUAAGAGCCUUAGUAGGAGAAAGCGGGGACGGGGGGCCUGUAUUGGAAUAAAAAUUGAGUCAAAUAGCAUAUAUACCGUAGAUUCCAGCGUAUUAGGCGACUGGGCUUACUAGACGACCCGCCAAAUUGGCAGCUGCAAUUUGGGGGUUCGUCUUAUAAGCACAGUUGUCUAACACGCUGGGCAGCAACAGGGGGCGGGCUCAGCUCCGCGCCGGGAGAAAGCCGCCCAGCAAGGAGCUCAGCCUCCUGCUCACUGCUGCUGCUUCAGAUGCAGCAACAGGGGCACGCUCAGCUCCACACCGGGGGAAAGCCGUCCGCUCUGCUCCGCGCCACCCAUACCUGGCGUAUAAGGCGACCCCUGACUUGUGGAGAUUUUCCGGGGUUCAAAUGUCGCCUUAUUUACUGGAAUCUACAGUAUAUUGGAUUACGAUUACCAUUUGGAUUACAAAUCUACUUUGAAUUAUAAAUACGUCUGGGGAAAUUUUGGACUCACAGUGGAAAUAUUUUGGAUUACAAGACACAUUGUGGAUUAUAAUAUAACUAGAAGCUUGGCAAGUGCUAAUCAUCAUCAAGGAGACAAUGUAACAGUGAGUUUGAACAAUGGUAACUAUUAGACUUUUGUUGUGGCCUGCUUUUUUAUUCUUUUUUUUUGUAGGUGGUAUAUAAAGUUGAUAUUGCCCACUUUUCUCUCUCUCUUUUGGAUAUUGUGGAACUUUUAUAAUUCUGUAAGUUUGAAAGUGUUGUUACAGUUUGGUUUAAAAGGGUGUGGGAAUUGGAUUGAUGGGAGAACAGUUGUAUACAAGGCAAGAGUGAGAAAAAGACAGGAGGGCUGAAGGAAGUAUCAAACCUGACAUCAAUUCUAAGAGGAGCAGGAAUAAAUUAUAAAUGGGAAUUCCUGGAGGGAGUUUCCUUUACUUAUAGGAGAAAGAGAUUCAGAUUAAUGCUAGAGAGUCAGGUACAGGAAUUUCUGGAUAAACAUGGCAAAGACCCAGAGUUUCAAAGCUCAGGGAGAGACUUCAGAACCCCCUUUGAGAUGCAAAGAGAUGAACUGGAAAAGACUGAAAGAACAGGGCAAAAAAGCAAAUCUUUUUUAAAUGAAUCAGAUCAUGGCAAAUCUUAAAUUACUAACCUGGCAUGUCAAUGGCCUUAACAAUAAUAUUAAAAGGAACAGGGUGUGGCAUGAAGUUUUAAAACGGAAUUUGGAUAUAAUUUGCCUACAGGAGACUCAUGUUGCAAGAAAGCAUGAGGAAAUCUUGAGUAAUAAGAAUUAGGGAGCCAAUUUAUUGCAUCAGAUGUUUCCAAAAAACGUCGAAUUGUUUUGCACAUAAAACCUGCACUUGAACCACAAUUAAUUCAAAAGGAUGAGAAAGGGAGAAAAUUAAUGGUACAAAUUAAAGUUGAGGGAGAAAAAAAAUUUGGUAGGGAUAUAUACACCAAAUGAAAAUAAAUUAAAAAAAUUCAAGAUUUAGAAACAGAAUUGCUAGAAUUUGCAGAUGAGAAAAUAAUAGUGCUGGGAGAUCUUAAUGGCGUCCCAUCACUAGAGAAAGACAGAACGAUAGGAAGAAAGACACGAAAGAAGGUAGACUUCCCAAAACUUUUUUUGAAAUGACAGAAAAUGUAAAAUUGAUAGAUAUUUGGAGAAUUAAGCAUCCAUUUGAAAAACAGUUCACUUUUUUCUCUCAUGUUUAUGGAAGCAGUGCCCGACUGGAUGCGGUUUGGGUCUCUAAGGAAUUAGAGUCAAGAAUCAAAAAAUUGAAAUAGAUCCAAGAACAAUGUCAGACCAUGAUUCUAUAGUCAUGGAAAUACAGAAAGACUUUCGGUGGAGACUGAAUGAAGAAAUAUUGGAUGAUAAAAUCUUUCUGGAAAGGACAGAAAAGACAAUAAGUGAAUAUUUUGAACAAAAUUUGAAUAAUGAGACCAAACUCCAAACAGUCUGGGACACAAGCAAAGCGGUAAUGAGAGGCCUAUUCAUUCAAGAAAAUUAAGGUAAAAGAGAAGAAAAACAAAGAGAUUUUACAUAAAAUAGAAGAAAAAGAAAAAGAAUUAAUAAAAACAUUAAAUAAAGAAAUAGUAAAGCAGGAAAUAAAAUUAUUACAAUCACAAUAUUCAAUGGUAAUCAAUGAGGAAAUAGCAUGGAAAAUAAAAAACAAAAAGUCCAGUCGUGAACGACUCUAGGGUUGCUUUAUUGGCCAAGAGAGCCGACGUUUGUCCGCAGACAGUUUUUCCAGGUCAUGUGGCCAGCAUGACUAGGCUGCUUCUGGCAAAACCAGAGCAGUGCACGGAAACGCCAUUUAUCUUCCUGCCAUUUAUCUACUUGCACUUUGACGUGCUUUUGAACUGCUAGGUUGGCAGGAGCUGGGACCGAGCAAUGGGAGCUCACCCCGUCGUGGGGAUUCGAACCACUGACCUUUCGAUCGGCAAGCCCUAGGCUCAUUGGUUUAGACCACAGUGCCACCUGUGUCCUGAUAGGUCCUUGUAAAACCUUUAGGAAAAAAUCUAGCAGAGAGUCUGUGGGUUUUGAUAAACAAGAAAUGGCAAUUGGUGUUAGACUAGUUGAUAGACUAGUUCUAUCAAGCUACCCUAAGCCUUUGGGAAUCUUGUCACAAGAGGAGCAUAAAGCUCACAUCUGGAGUUUUUGGAGAGUAUACAUGCCUGGUGUUCUUAAGAACACUACAGAUUUAGAACAUGUGGAAGAUCUAUACUUGGAUGGCUUCCAUGCCAGGGUGGGGGCCACAUUUUGAGACUGGAGACUUGCGAAGAUGGUGUAUAAGCACAGACGAUAUCAUAGGAGGAGGGGUGUAUUAGUUUCCUGAUAUUUCAAAAAUGUAGCAUCACUAGCUCCUCUGCUUCCACAUACAGAUUUGGUCCCCUUGCAACCCCUGACAGAGGCCAAUGUUAGAUUUCUGUUUAUGCCACUGUGCAGUUUCUGGAGUCACAAGUCUCUGUUUAUAUUCCAGACUGUUGGAAGUCUCACGGGAGAUGGAUGUUGAUGUUUCUGGUUUCCUGUUUCUUUGUCCCAGUUGGUUCUGUGCUCUCACAGCGAGAGGAUGUAUAUUCUUUUUUGUCUGUGUAGUUAGAAAUAAAACGUAGCAAUGUAGCUCAUAUAUUUCUCGUCCUUCUGCUGCUGUUUGUACACUCUGAGCACUGGGAACGUGCCUGGAGCCUCAUCAAAGGCUUAGGUCGUUAAUCACGUCGGAGGAGGAGAUUCCAAAAACUCGAGCUGGAAGAGUAACUCAGUCAAACGGAAUUCCAACAGCAGACACAGCCACAACAUCUGCCUGGCUUGUGAUGAGAGAGCUCAAAGAUUGUGAACAGGGUUCUCCAUACAAAGCACCUAGCAUGGGGGCACCUGCAUGUAAUAUCUACUCUGCUCUUUUCUGCCCAUGCUCUGGGGUUGCAGUUUUCAGGCUUGGAGACAGGACGGUGACUGGUUUUUGUACCAAGUUCUGUCAAUUAUCCCCAAUGCGUUCAAUGGGAUCUACUCUGAGGUCACUACUGUGUAGACCAUGCCAAGCUUACAAGUGGGGUGAGGAGCAUACAGAAGAAAUUGGAAUCACUGGAGAUGUUUAGAAAUGGGGCUUCUCUUGGGAAGGGGCUGCCCCAUUUGUGCUUCUUCAGGGGCAGGAGAUUAUCUAGGGCAAGAGAAUCCCUGCAGGACCUAUGAGGCUCCCUUUGCUUCUUCCUGUCUCCCAGGCCCCUGAAGCUUGUUUUUGCUUUUUGAUUGCUCAGGAAGGAUGAAAGAGACGGAUCCUGCAAAGCUCAUAAGGAUGGAAGGGGGAAGAUGGAUGGUUGACCUGGUCAGGUUGUCUCCUGCAUCCCUUCGGACAACCUCUGAGUGUUCCCUCCCAGGGACCUCCGAGAGAUCUGGCGAGUUCCAGGGGAGUGGAGAUGGGGACAUGGAUGGAACCGGAGAGGUAUUGGGGCUUGCUCAGGGGGCACCAUUUCGGGCUCUUCCACCUGCCUGUCUGCACCUUUUACAUCUGCAGGCAAUUUGAGCUAGGAAUACAUCACAGCUCCCCGACCACCAUGAUGUAUCGGCAGCUCAAAAUGUCUAUAACCUGUACCGUGAUUGAAUGCCCUACCAACGUCAGACAACUUACCAAUCCUUCAGGCAGCACUAGAAGUCAUGACUCUUGAAAGUAACCUGAUUCUGGGCUUCCGAUUUGUCUGCGAAGGGAAAUGGCGAGGCAGUGCGAGUCGUCCGUCUAAAAGACGACUGUUACCGGGGCUUUUGAGCAGUGGGGGUGAGUGCCAGGGUUAGACACCCCCCAAAAAAGCCCCAAGGGUAGUGGGGUGUCGGGACCUGCCGGGUGUGAAGAGGCUUGCUGUGAUUGCCAGAGCCCUGACGCUGUAUUGGCAGGUCAGCAACCACACUACCUGGGGUGUACGAGGCAUCCAUAUCUUUCUGGUAUAAUUCCUCUGUGUAUUCUUGCCACCUCUUCUUCAUGUCUUCUGCUUCUGUUAGGUCCUUACCACUUUUGUCUUUUAUUAUGGUAAUCUUUGUACGAAAUGUUCCUUUCAUAUCUCCAAUUUUCUUGAACAGACCUCUGGUUUUUCCCAUUCUAUUGUUUUCCUCUAUUUCUUUGCAUUGCUCGUUUAAGAAGGCCUUCUUGUCUCUCCUUGCUAUUUUUUUGAAAUCUGCAUUCAAUUUCCUGUAUUUUUCACUAUCUCCCUCGCAUUUUGCUUGCCUUCUCUCCCCCGCUAUUUGUAAGACCUUGUUGGGCAACCACUUUGCUUUCUUGCAUUUCCUUUUCAUUGGGAUGGUUUUUGUUGCUGCCUCCUGUAUAAUGUUACGAGCCUCCAUCCAUAGUUCUUCAGGCACUCUGUCCACCAAAUCUAAAUCCUUAAACCUGUUCCUCACUUCCACUGUGUAUUCAUAAGGAUUUGAUUUAGAUUGUAUCUUACCGGCCCAGUGGUUUUCCUACUUUCUUAAGUUUAAGCUUGAAUUUUGCUAUAAGAAGCUGAUGAUCUGAGCCGCAGUCAGCUCCAGGUCUUGUUUUUGCUGACUGUAUAGAGCUUCUCCAUCUUUGGCUGCAGAGAAUAUAAUCAAUCUGAUUUCGAUGCUGCUCAUCUGGUGAUGUCGAUGUGUAGAGUCAUCUCUUGUGUUGUUGGAAAAAGCGUUUGUGAUGACGAGCUUGUUCUCUUGGCAGAACUCUAUUAGCCUUUGCCCUGCUUUGUUUGGAACUCUAAGGACAAACUUGCCAGUUGUUCCUUUUAUCUCUUGAUUCCCUACUUUAGCAUUCCAAUCCCCUAUAAUGAGAAGAACAUCCUUCUUUGGUGUCAUUUCUAUAAGGUGUUGUAAGUCUUCAUAGAAUUGGUCAAUUUCAGUUUCUUCAGCACCAGUGGUUGGUGCAUAAACCUGGAUUACUAUGAUGUUAAAAGGUCUGCCUUAGAUUUGUAUCGAGAUCAUUCUAUCAUUUUUGAGAUUGCAUCUCAGUACAGCUUUCGCCACUCUUUUAUUGACCAUUUCUUUUACGGGAUUCUUGCCCACAGUAGUAGAUAUGAUGGUCAUCCGAACUGAAUUCGCCCAUUCCUGUCCAUUUUUGUUCACUGAUGCCCAGGAUGUCAAUAUUUAUUCUUGCCAUCUCAUUUUUGACCACAUCCAACUUACCAAGGUUCACGGUUCUUACAUUCCAGGUUCCUAUGCAAUAUUUUUCUUUACAGCACUGGACUUUCCUUUCGCUUCCAGGCAUAUCCGCAACUGAGCGACCUUUCGGCUUUGGCCCAGCCGCUUCAUCAGCUCUGAAUAUACUUGUACUUGUCCUCCGCUCUUCCUCAGUAGCAUGUUGGACGCCUUCCGACCUAAGGGGCUCAUCUUCCAGCGUCAUAACUUUUAUAUGCCUGUUGUCUUUCUCCAUGGAGUUUUCUUGGCAGGGAUACUCGAGUGGCUUGCCGGUUCCUGCUCCAGGUGGAUCACGUUUCGUCAAAACUCUCCACUAUGACCUGUCCAUCUUGGGUGGCCCUGCACGGCAUAGCUCAUAGCUUCUCUGAGUUAUUCAAGCCCCUUCGCCACGGCAAGACAGUGAUCCAUGAAGGGGGGAAUAACUUUUUAUUUGCUUUUAAAAACAAGGAUCAUAGGACUAAUAUACAAAUAUGUAGACCAAGUAUCUAUAGCAUAUGGUUCACCAUUAGUGGUCAGUGUAUGAGUUCUGGGUUCCUGAAUCGGUUUAAAUUGAUAGAAAAAUAGGGAAACAGGAGAGAACAAAGAACAUUCAAUAUGGCAUAGCCGAAUGCCUAGUUAGGAGCUCUUGCGGCAGUUGUGUUUAGAUCAAGUGUGAGUUAGUCACUUUUCAUCUUUUGUCACCAAUGAAACAAUACAGAGUUAGUCUACUCUUGAAAAUGGGAGUGGGGUUCAAACUGAAGAAAGUGAUAUAAAUUAAAAUUUAGACCAAAUUUAGAUUUAGGCAACAGCUGGUGGGGAGUGUGCUGGUGAAGAUGUUGCUGUUUGUUUCACAGACAAUUUGCUGGAUCUUGACCAGAGAGCUCUGCAUAAGGAAGUCAAGGAGGAGAAUCGUGGGGUCAUGGACCCUCUUGGUAACGCUUCCUGUUGGAUCAUAAUAUCUGUUCUGAAAUUAAGCAAGUAACUUCGAAAGUCCAUACAUACCUCUAUGUGAUGAACCUUCACUAUUUAGAUGGAGACCAACAGCAUUCGGGAUUCUAACAUCCCCACCCAUGAACCCUGAAUGGAGGGAUAUCCACUGUUUUCUCUGCAAUUUUUUUCCUUCUAGUCAUGCCUUUUAAAGCAAUGACCAGGUUGUCUGAACUGCCCAGGCCUUCUUAAAUGUCAGCCUCAGAGCUUUAAGGGAAAUUGGAGAUGGAGUGGAUUCCAGGAUUGAGCCAACCAAAAUCUAUCCCAGAUAAAAACCAAGCAAUAUGUCAGUUAAUACCAGCCAACAGUGAAAACUAUAGUAAGGGCUCUCUUCAGUUCCUCCUCUAUCACAAGCAUUCAUUAACUUUGUUCUUCCUGAGGCUCUAAUUAGCUUCUCUCUUCAUUGCAGGUGGUGAUGAAUUGGAAGGGAAGAACAAGGGGGACCACAACAGAAUUCACAUAGCAGAGAAGUCAGAUAAAUAUACAAAGUGCGGAGAGAACAUCUGCCAGAGCCCCCAGUCCACCUCACAUCAAGGAAAGAGCUUUGUUCGGAGGGAUAGAAUCUCUUCACAUGAAAGAACUAACAGCGGAGAGAAAUUGUAUCAGUGCAGAGAAUGUGGGAAGAGCUUCAGUCACCGUCAGAAUCUCACUUGCCAUCAAAGAAUUCAUACAGGGGAGAAACCCUAUCAGUGCUUGGAAUGUGGAAAUAACUUCAGUCGGAAGGAACAUCUCACUUCCCAUCAAAGAAUUCAUACAGGGCAGAAACCCUAUGAGUGUUUAAAGUGUGGAAAGAGCUUCAAUCGGAAAGAUGGUCUCACUUCCCAUCAAAGAAUUCAUACAGGGGAGAAACCCUUUCAAUGCCUUGAGUGUGGAAAGAGCUUUCGUCACAGUUCCGGUCUCACUUCCCAUCAAAGAAUUCAUACAGGGGAGAAACCUUUUCAAUGCCUUGAGUGUGGAAAGAGCUUCAGUCAAAGUUCCAAUCUAACUAUGCAUCAUAGAGUUCAUACACGGGAGAAACCCUAUCAGUGCUUGAAAUGUGGGAAGAGCUUCAGUCACAGAAAGAGUCUUACUUGCCAUCAAAGAAUUCAUACAGGGGAGAAACCCUAUCAGUGCUUGGAAUGUGGGAAGAGCUUUCGUCACAGUUCCGGUCUCACUUCCCAUCAAAGAGUCCAUACAGGGGAGAAACCCUAUCAGUGCUUGGAAUGUGGAAAGCGCUUCAGUCAGAGGGUGCAGCUCACUUCCCAUUACAGAAUUCAUACAGGGGAGAAACCCUAUCAGUGCUUGGAAUGUGGGAAGAGCUUUCGUCAGAGAGGUGAUCUCACUUCCCAUCAAAGAGUCCAUACAGGCGAGAAACCAUAUCAGUGCUUGGAAUGUGGACAGAGCUUCAGCCAGGGGAUGCAUCUCACUUCCCAUCAAAGAAUUCAUACAGGGGAGAAACCCUAUCAGUGCUUGGAAUGUGGGAAGAGCUUUCGUCACAGUUCCGGUCUCAUAAUAAGUGCUAUUAUAAUAAUACAAAGUAGUAUUUCUCCAGUUUCUAGGUCCAGUUUUUAUAAAGCCUUAUUAAAACUGUUCCAACAAAUCUCCGUCAAGUCACAGUCCAAGAGUAUGGUCCUUUUAAUGUUCAUCCAAUCCUGCUUCCUCUUCUUUUACUAAUCUUCUUUCCUAAUCCACUGGGGAUGGGGAAGAAUGCAUAUUAAAUCCCUUUCCUCAUACGAAAUCAUAGCUUGUGGUGUGAACAGUUUCAGGAGUUGCACUGCAUCCCCUUUUGCUGGAUGUACCUUUUUCUCUGCCGAUAAUUCCCACACCAGCUCAUCCCAACCCAGCGUUGUCUUUCUAUGGAGCUCUUUCUCUCUCCUCCUGUUCUUCCCUCACCUGCUCAACAGAACCUUCUGCCACUCCCAGCGACUCCUUUCCAACGACUCCCAGCUUAUGACCCACACAUUCACCUCAGUCUCUCUUUCUGGGACCAAUCUUGGUCUUCAAUGCCAAGGCGCUCCAUGUCUGGAUGGGGAGCAGAGCUGCAGAAGCUUGUUUGGAGUGGAUGCAUCUGGUUCUCCAUAAAUCAGGCAGAGGCAAAUUUCAUUGGCAAAAGAAGAACUUUCUACUAAAGGUUUUUUAGCUUCGUUACAUAAAAAAGCUUCAGGGGACUUAGCAGAUGUGAAAGUUAGAAAAUGAAAGUAAGAAAGAGAAACCAGCCCACUGAGCUCACAGAUUUAUCUUUCUGGCUCGGUGUGACCUUGAGAUAACAAAACACAAAUCAUAAUAAAUCCAGCUGCCUCAGCAGAAAAGAACAAAACCUUCUGGAAGGAACCAGUGUUUUCCAGUAUUUUUGGGUUCCGCCCUCAGGAUUUUAUCUGUGACAUUUUGUCCCACUGCCAGAAAAGCAUCUUUAGCUCCCUAGUUCCUGUGGCAACACUUUGGCCCAAGUUUCAAACUUGUUAAAUUUGCACGGUGGUUAGCUUGUUGCAGGCUUGUUAAGCCUCUUUGGAUAUAGGAUUUCGGGUAAGAUCCCUUCUACUCCCUCAUAAAAAGACACGACACAAUCUUGUUAAAGUCAAUAUAAAAGUAGUUUACUCACUCAUUCAGUUCACAGAUGCAUCCCUGAAGGCAGACUUAGGUUACAAAAGUGUAUAACUAUAUGAAGUAUCCCAUAAGGGAGUUAGUUCCAAGUAACCGCAACUGAGCUGUCACUUCUCCCAACAUAUAGAAAGACAAAAUGGAGAAAAAGAUCAUAACAUGGAGGACGUGUGCUCCUCUACCCAGAAUAGGCCACACCUACUUCAAGUCACAUGUAGUAGAAGUCUGUCCCAGCUCAGGAGGAAACAGGAAGUUUUCUCCUGAGUAGUAGAAAACAUCACCAAACAUGUCCACUGUAGAAAUGUUGUACUUGACUGCUAUAAGUUUCACAUCCCACAGGAAGGGAGCCUGGGUGUCAUCUGGUCCUGCCCCCUGCAAGUCAGGAAUCUCAGGAAUCCUUUCAAGAAGAGUGACUAGUGGGGUGCCACAGGGUUCUGUCUUGGGCCUGGUCUUAUUCAACAUCUUUAUCAACGACUUGGAUGAUGGACUCAAGGGCAUCCUGAUCAAAUUUGCAGAUGACACCAAACUGGGAGGGGUGGCUAACACCCCAGAGGACAGGAUCACACUUCAAAACGACCUUGACAGAUUAGAGAACUGGGCCAAAACAAACAAGAUGAACUUUAACAGGGAGAAAUGUAAAGUAUUGCACUGGGGAAGAAAUGAGAGGCACAAAUACAAGAUGGGUGACACCUGGCUUGAGAGCAGUACUUGUUUAAAGGAUCUAGGAGUCUUGGUUGACCACAAACUUGACAUGAGCCAACAGUGUGACGCGGCAGCUAAAAAAGCCAAUGCAAUUCUGGGCCUCAUCAAUAGGAGUAUAGCAUCUAGAUCAAGGGAAGUAAUAGUGCCACUGUAUUCUGCUCUGGUCAGACCUCACCUGGAGUACUGUGUCCAGUUCUGGGCACCACAGUUCAAGAAGGACACUGACAAACUGGAACGUGUCCAGAGGAGGGCAACCAAAAUGGUCAAAGGCCUGGAAACGAUGCCUUAUGAGGAACGGCUAAGGGAGCUGGGCAUGUUUAGCCUGGAGAAGAGGAGGUUAAGGGGUGAUAUGAUAGCCAUGUUCAAAUAUAGAAAAGGAUGUCACAUAGAGGAGGGAGAAAGGUUGUUUUCUGCUGCUCCAGAGAAGCGGACACGGAGCAAUGGAUCCAAACUACAAGAAAGAAGAUUCCACCUAAACAUUAGGAAGAACUUCCUGACAGUAAGAGCUGUUUGACAGUGGAAUUUGCUGCCAAGGAGUGUGGUGGAGUCUCCUUCUCUGGAGGUCUUUAAGCAGAGGCUUGACAACCAUAUGUCAGGAGUGCUCUGAUGGUGUUUCCUGCUUGGCAGGGGGUUGGACUCGAUGGCCCUUGUGGUCUCUUCCAACUCUAUGAUUCUAUGAUUCUAUAACAUGUAUACGUUGUAGAAAAUAACAAUUUCAUAAAACUGCAUUUGGAUGAUUCCGAUUUCUUUUAAGCCUAUGGCCUCACUUAAUUGAAAAGGCCUGUGUCUGUCUGCCUGUCUGCCUGCCUACCUUUGACGGAACAGAACAAGCUGCUUUUAGGUGCUGUAUGUAGCAAAUGUCUGUUCCAGAACCCUGAAAAGAAUAAAGCGGGAGUUGUAUGCAUGAAAAGAGAAUCAGCCAGGCAUGGCAAUUGUGAUUCAUCUUGAACUGUUUUGUAGAUGGAUGAAAGAGGACGUUGGAAGACAUUUAGUGAAUAGGAAUAUUAGCCAAAGUCUUAAAAAAGAAAGACACAAAAAAAUUGUUAUAUGUCAUCACAUGAUAUGAUGAGGGCUUAUCUGAAGAGCCAAAUGAUUAUGUUUGGUUCAGGAUGAUGAACUAACCAAGUUGCAUUGGGCUGCAGCUAUUAAGAUUGCUGCGAUCCUUGAAGAUGAUGGGUUUUUCGGAGCUAGCCGACCUAACCGGAAGAGUCCGCAACCAGAAGGAGGAGUAGUAUCAGGAAGAAUGAACUAAAUUUAAUGAUUAUUUAGUUAAAUAUGUCAAGUUAGAUGAAUUGGAAACAGCUUGCAGAUACUUAAUUGGCUUAGGAUUUAAUAUAAAUUAAGUGAUGAAUUAAUAGGUGUAAUUUCAAAAUGAAAAGAUCUAAGGAUGUUAAUGUUCAAGUUAAACUUUAUACAAACUGUGAUUUGCAAAACCAUUAAAAGGAUAUGCAUUGCUCCUAGAAUGGGAGGUAAAGGAGGAGCAAGUGAAGACAGCAAUGGUAAAGUAGGCCCAGGAUUUAGGGAAAAUAUGAUGAGCCAAUGGGAACGGCUGUGAGACAGGGAUAUUAAAUUUACGGCUUGCUACAAUUAAAGAGAGAAUGUAAUGAAAAUGCAAUACAGAUGGUAUCUGACCCCGUUAGACUGGCAAAAAUGUAUAAAAACUGUAGUGAUGUUUGUUGGAGAUACAACAACGGGCGGGAACCUGUCUACACAUGUGGUGGGAGUGCAAAGAGAUAGUGGGAUUCUGGGAAAAUAUUUACAACAAGUUGAAAAAGUGAAUUUCUUUAAGGAAUACAUCAAAAGCUAUGUGGAAAAAGUCGAACUUUUGACAGAUAUUGAGUAAAUCCAGAACAUGAUUAGAGUGAAAGGAGAGUAAAGUUAAGAUAGAAGAAGAGAUUAAAGAAAUAAUGAAAUGUGUUUAAGGCAAUUGAAAAAAGAAAGCAGUGUAACAAGAACGGCUGGAAAUGAAGUCACUUUGUGGCUGUUCAUGUGGGGUAGGUGUGUUGGUAUGUAUAGUAUAGGUAAGCCUAAUACAGAGUAAUGUAGGAAUGCUUUAUGUUAGGAAAAUAAGGUAUUGUGCAUACGUACUAUGUAAAUGUAUGUGUUCUAUAUGUUAAUAACAUAUUUUAAUUAAAAAAAAGGAAUGAUGUUCAAUUUGGAAGUUUAUUUUAAAAAGCAUUUUAUCGGAUGUGGUUCUUUGCAGGAACAUUUGUAUUUCAAUAAAGGCCUAUCUUUCUACUUGGAGAUUUCCUCCUUUUCUUUUGGGUUUCUGUGUGGAUAACCUCCAGUCUGGGAACCUCUUUUUGAAUUUCUACAUGACAGGAUUUUUUUUUUAAAAAAAUUGAAAGUGAUUUAUAUUGAGAUUGAAUAUCAUUAUUGGUAGAAACAAUUUCAAACAUUCAAAAAAUGAAUCAGCAAUACAUUUUAAAACAUAAGUUUUUCUUAGUGUUUACAGUUCUGUUUACAGAUGGUUGGGGCGGGGGGAGGGCACAACAUGCCGAAGCAGAGCCCAUCUUUUUCAAGGGAUCCUUAGUAAACCUGGAAAUGUCUGCGUGUGAUCCCAUCUCAACAGCUGACAUAAACACCAUGGAGAAGGAGGCUGGAGCCUGAAAGGCAAAGGCAUUGCCCUUGAAGGGAGACCUGGGACCCCCUCUCCUUCUAAAGGGACCUCUGAGGAGGAAGCCAGGGCCGCCAGGGUGGAUCAAUCCCUGGACCUUGGAGGCGAUUCCUCGGCUCAUCUGGAAAGUGCCAUAUCAUGUUCCUUUCCCCAUUUGUCAGGAGCCUAAAUUUCAUUUGGGGUUCCUCAUUCCUCACCCCAAGAUUCCUCCAAGGCUUUGGGGAAGGAAACUGAGGUAGGCUGAGCCAUGGCUUUGGUUGCUCCCAAUGGCCCUGCAGGGAUUCAGGCUGGGGGCCUGUCUCUUCCUCUGGCCAUGGCAGUUCCCAGGAAGCCUUUUCAGAAAGGCAGUAGACCCUCAGCACAAGUUCGGUUCUUCUCUGCAAUGGCUUCCUCUUCUGAGCUGGACUGGGAGGACCCCAGUUCAGGCGGUUCCCCAGAGUCCCCCCACUGGGCUCCAGUGGCCCCCUGAGACCCACAGGGAUCCAGAGGGGAGCGACUUCUGUUGAACUACUGCCUGAGGAAGAGGAACAGAUGUCUUAGCCUGUUUGGGUGGCAAGCAAGGGCCAUCCAGAUCCUGGGAUCCUGAGGGGCCAAGAAGGGGAGUAUCCAGUCUUGUCUGGGGAAGCAAAGGAAACUGGUCCAGAGGUCAAACUCCCCUGAGGGAACCCUCCACUUCAGAGGGGAUAAAAGCCCUAAUUAUUGUUAUUCUCCUUUGGCCUCAGAGACAGAGAGGGCCUUGCCCUCCUCGCCCUCUUCGCCUGUCCUGGCGCAGAACCUGGCAGAUCCCCCAAGGCCUCUUGCCUGGCAUGUCCCAAUGGAGAGGUCUCCUCUGUUGGGCCAAUGUCAUAAGAAAAAAACUGCUCCUUUUCCCUUAUGGGGUAUCUAAGAGCCCAUAGAGUCCUUUUGUAGGUUCUCUUUCGGUAGGAGAAAAUAACAGACCAACCAGAGAAUUUUUUUAAAAAUGUAUUUUUAUUAAAGAUUUUCUUGAUUUACAAAAGUAUGUACAAUGUCUCGUAUUCCCCCCCCCCCAUGUAACAUUUUUACAAAUCGGUUUCAUUUAUUGAGACAUUAGGAAUAAAAGGGAGAAAGAGGUGGGGUGGAGAUGAGGGAUUGGGUUGCAAUGUUUCUAUUUUACUUAAUAUAUGUAGGGUUUGGUGUCAGCGUUGCUUGUGCAGGUUCUUUGCUGUUCACUUGUGUUUCUUUGGUGGUGAGAGAUGUUGGGGUUGGCCUAGGGUGUGGUUGUUCAUUUGUGGUUGGCUGUGGUAGACUUUGUUUUCGUGUGUGAGUGGGUUUUGGAUCAGGUUAGCCAUAUUGAUUUGUAUACUGUUGGUGGAUUUUUGUCAUUGUCUUGUUGGGCUGUGUGUGUGAUAAAGGGGAGCCAUACUGGGGUGAUGGCGUCUUCUUCUAUUUGUCCCCGUGUCAGUUUCAGUUUAUUGGUUAAUUUUUCUAGUAAGGCUGUUUCCCAUACUAUUUGGUACCAUUGGUCCAUGCUUACUCCUGACAGGUCUCUCCAGUGUCUGGUUAUGAUGUUUCUGGCUGCUGAAAGUAGGUGGGUUAUGAGUUCUUUGUGGUGUAAGUGGUCAUUAUUGUCUUGGAGUUUUUUGGAUCCUGUUUGUAGUGUGAUGUCUUAUUCUAUUUUGCUAAUUUUUGAGGAGGUUUGUUUUUUAAGGAAUGCUUUGUCUUUUAUGCAAGCUCCUCUGGUGACUGCUUUCAUUGCAUCCCAUAAGAGGGGGUUGUUAUAGCGUCUACAUCAUUUUCCUUGAAGUAAAAACUAGUUUUUGUGAGACUCUCUCUAAUUUGUUUCUUUGUAGUUAGGAUGGGACUGAAGGACUAUGAUGGGGUGGUUUGUGUUCCCUCUCCUAUUUUAACAGUGACGUCUACUGGGGUGUGAUCUGUGAUUUUAAUGUUACCUAUGUUUGUUGAUUCCAUUGAGGGGAUCAGACCCUGCGUGAGCAGAAUGCUGUCCAGACUGGACACUGUACCAUGGCGUCCGGAUUGGAAUGCAUGGCUGGUGUCUUCCGGGUUUUGCUCACUCCAAAUGUCAUAGAGACCCAAUUUUUUAAACAUUUUUAGUAAUUUGUAAGAGUCCCUAGUUGUUGGGGGUUUCCUUCGGAAGAAGGUUGCCCAUGGGGUUGUAAGGUGAAUGUUUUUCAGGGAUAUGCCUUUCAUAUUUAGGUUGAGGUCACCUCCUAGGAUUGCUUCCCCAGAGAAGGAGAGGAACUUGUUUAGUGUCUUCUGGAAGAAUCCUAGUUGUUUUGAGUUUGGGGCAUAUAUGGAGCCGAUUGUCAGUUUAAUUUUGCCAUCUAGUGUCCCUUUAGCAAAAAUGAAUCUGCCUCUUUUGUCCUUUAGGACUGUGUGGCGUUGAAGUUCCGGUCUCUACUGAGUAUUAUAGCUACUCUGCAGGCCUUCCCUGAGUCAGGUGCAACCCAUUGUUGACUGAAGCGAGGGUCCUUCAGGAGUUUGCUCCUUUUGGGUGGGUUGUGUAUUUCUUGUAGGAAGGUGAUGUGUGGUUUCAUGGUAUUUAUGUAUGAAGUGAUGCAUUUUCUUUUGAUGGGGUUUCCCAACCCCAUCACAUUUAAUGUAAUUGCUUUUACGUUAGCCAUCUUGCUUAUCUAUUAUGUGGGGCGAUUCCCUGCCAGCCCAUCCGGGUUGUCCUGUGUCUCUCACUUCAUGUUGUUUAACGAACCAAUGGGGUUGCACUGACCUAGAGUGUAGUGGGUGGGGGACUAGUGGGAUUAGAGUUACAUUUGGAUUAAAGAGUAGGGGGUAGGUUGUAGAGAAUUUCCUAUAUGUAGUCAUAUAGGUGUUUGUUUGGGGUAUUUUGGGCCAUCUGGCAUUUAGCCAGUUGGUCCUAGGUCUCAGCUAGUGUGGAAGGCCAUGUUCAGGGACAGGCCAUCCCCCCGUCAUUUGCAAUAGGGGGUGGUCAGCAAGAUGGUGUGAAGCAUCUUUGUGAUGCCAAUGUUGGGUAUAGGGUUCAUAAGCAAUGUUGCCAAUGUUAUUAGCAACGUUGUUGGUAUGUUGGGGUGGGGAUGUGGGUGUUGGUACGCUCUGGCGCCACCAUUGUGCUGGUUGGGUAUCAGAUUUUAGCCUGUUUGUGGGUUGUGUUGUUAAGGUUGGAGUUGUUUUUCCUUAGUAUGGGGUAGGGGGAUGCUGAAGGUGUAGGUUAUGGGUUGUUGGGUGAUGGGCAAUGUGGUUUGAGGUCAUCUGGACUGGUGCUGGGGUGGGGAUUUCUGUGGAGGUGGGCUGCUGGGGGAUGUUGAUGGUGUUAACUAUGGUCGGGGAAGAGGAGAGAGGAGGGGAAAGGAGGGGGGAGAAUCACCAGUCCUUCAGUUUGUGUUUUUCCCCGGUUGCUUCAUUCAGCUGGGGUUGUUGUAAGGUUGUCCAUCUGUGAUGAAUUGGUUUGGUUAAUCUUAGUCUGGUUUCUUGUGUCCUAAGGCUGGCGGGAUGAUUCUGUGUGUGGUGCUUGACUGUAUUGGUUUGCAUUGUCAUGCCGCUUCUGUUUCUUUUUCUUCUUUACUGUUGUCCAAUUGUUUGCUGUUGUUUCGUCAUGGUUGUGGCUGUCACUUGGUGGGUUUGUUGGUUGCCAUUCCGGUGGAAGGUUGAGUUGCAGUAGUUACAGAGCUUCAGGUAUGUUGGUGGCUGUUUGUUGUGCUGUGUUGGUUGUUACAAUGAGGUGGAAGGGGAAGCCCCAUUGGUACUUGAUCCCUGCUUGUUGGAGACGCUGGGUGCACAGGCGUAGGCUUUUCUCCAAUUUAGGAUAUCCUGAGAUAAAUCCUGUAAGGCCAAUAUGGGGGUUUCUUCAUAUUGAAGGUUGGUUGAGUUUCUGAGGUUGUUCCAUACCUCUUCCUUCUUUUGUAGCAUGAGAAGCACACAAUGAUGUCUCUUGGAGGGGUGCUGGGUUUUGGCAUAGGUUUUAGGGCUCUGUGAGCCCUCUCCAGGUCGUCUACCUCAAGUGUCAGGUUUGGGAUUGUAUUUUUCAGCCAGCAUACAAUUAGGUCUGCUGGGCUUUUCUCCUCUGCUUUUUCAGGAAAGUUGCGGAAGCGAAUGUUGCAACGUCUAUUGCGAUCUUUUGAGGUCCACUUGUUUGAUUCUCAUUUCUGUGCUUUCUGUUUCCAGGUGAUUUACCAGUUCAUGCAAUUUCUUAUUCACAAGUGCUUUCUCCUCCCGGUAUUGCUCUAUUAUUCUUUCUUGCAUUUGGUUCUUGUUCUCCAGAGCUUUCAUUUUGGAGGUUAGACCGUUGAUUAAUACCUGUAGGGAGCCACUGUGGCCUUCAGUGUUCUUCUUUGGCGAGGAAGAUGGUCUUCAAUGAACAUGGUCUUACCAAUGAGUCCGUAAGUGACUGUGGAGGCCAGUUCUGGAUCCACACAUCCUUCCACAGUGGGGACAGAGGUUUCCAAACAGGAAUUGAUCACGGUGAGGGUUUGCCAAAAGUGCCUUCUUCCUCUUAGCAUGUUUCUCCCUUUCGGCCUGAGUUCAAGCAUCUUCAGAGUUGUCCCAUAUGGAGAUGGAACUUGUGAUCUUGGCAUUUUCAGCACAACCCUCUAACCAGUGAGAUAGAGUCAGAGAAAGAUGUUGCAUCAGUCUAGAAAUAUGGGCGAAUGUUGUCAUGGAAUUCCUUUCCAAUUUAUAUAUAAGUGAUCUCUCGAAUUUGGGGGCGGGGGUGGGCAAUGUCAGAGUGAGUUACAAUCUGAGAUGCAAUACAUCAGCACCCAAAGAUAGUAAAUGCAUUCCCAGUCUGGGAUGCUUCAAGAGCUAAGGACCCGUGUUCAGGAUAGGCAAUAACCGUGGCUGGAGAGCCAGUGUGGUGUAGUGGUUAAGAGCGGUAGUCUCAUAAUCUGGGGAACCAGGUUCGAGUCUCCACUCCUCCACAUGCAGCUGCUGGGUGACCUUGGGCCAGUCACACUUCUUUGAAGUCUCUCAGCCCCACUCACCUCACAGAGUGUUUGUUGUGGGGGGGAAGGGAAAGGAGAAUGUUAGCCGCUUUGAGACUCCUUAAAGGGAGUGAAAGGCGGGAUAUCAAAUCCAAACUCUUCUUCUUCUUCUUCCUACACACAGGGCUGUGCAUAUGCAGGCCAAGGAUGGCCCGUAUUACAGGCAAAGUGUGUGAGCUUGCCAAAUUUAUGUUAGUGGAGGCAUGCAUGCAUGUAUGUGUUUGUUUGUUUGUUUGUUUGUUUGUUUGACUGGCCCUCUUGGCUAGGCCCAUGGUGGAGAAUAUGUAGAUGCGGACCAAGGAUUGGCAACACUAUAGGCUUGGUGUGUCAACGCUGUGUGUGAGACAGUGAGCGGGUGGGGUUAUAGCUUGUAGCAAAACUAUUAAUUUUGGCAAUUCCUCACUUUUCAUGCGCUGAUAUUGUCAUACAGACUUGGUACAAUUUCCAAAAUAACUAUGCAAAAUCCACAAAAAUAUGUACAGGUGGCAACAGAUACUUCUCUGUCUUGGCUUCAAAAGAUGAAUAUAGUAGUUUUGAAUAUUUUUACAGUCACAUUUGACUUCUAUAACACUUUUGCUUUAAUUAUUCCACUUAGGAGAGUUUAUUCCACUUAGGAGACUGGGUUCCACACAGUCACAAAAACAAGUCACAAAAAUGAAGUAACAUGCCAGAGUCACGAAAACAAAGUCACAAGUCACAAGCCACAGUCACAAGUCAGUCCCAUAGAACUAAGAACAAGUCACAGUCAAAAAAAUGAAAAAGCCACACAUAAAAAGACAAAAAUAAUAAUAAUGCAAAAACAAAAGCUCCAAAUAUCACCUCUGUGUUGUGUGGAUUCUCGGGACUCAACAGCCGACAGACUCAACAGGAAGCCUCUGAUUAGCAGCGGGGGACUCAAUUUACAAAUGGAACACACUCAACAGGAAGCAGAACAUGUUCUGCUUCCAAGGCAAAAUUCACAAACCAAAACACCUCCUGGGUUUGCAGCAUUCUUAUUCCACGUUGGGGAGAAACUUUUUCAAUGCCAUGAGUGUGGUAAGAGCUUUGGUCACCAUUCCUAUCUCAUCACCCAUCAGAGAACUCAUACAGGUCAGAAACCAUAUCAGUGCUUUGAAUGUGGGAAAAACUUCAGUCAAAGCACCCAUCUCACGACCCAUCAAAGAAUUCAUACAGGGGAGAAACCCUAUCAGUGCUUGGAAUGCAGAAAGAGCUUCAGUCAUAGUUCUGCUCUAACUAUGCAUCAUAGAAUUCAUACACGGGAGAAACCCUAUAAGUGCUUGAAAUGUGGGAAGAGCUUCAGUCACAGAAAGAGUCUUACUUGCCAUCAAAGAAGUCAUACAGGGGAGAAACCGUAUAGGUGCUUGGAAUGUGGAAAGUGCUUUAGUCAAAAUGCACAUCUCACUUCCCAUCAAAGAAUUCAUACAGGGAGAAACCCUAUCAGUGCCUGGAAUGUGGAAAGAGCUUUCGUCAGAGAAGUGCUCUCACUUUACAUCAAAGAGUCCAUACAGGGAGAAACCCUAUCAGUGCUUUGAAUGUGGAAAGAGCUUUCGUCAGAGAGGUGAUCUCACUUCCCAUCAAAGAGUCCAUACAGGGAGAAACCAUAUCAGUGCUUGGAAUGUGGAAAAGCUUCAGUAAGAGGAUACAGCUUACUUCCCAUUACAGAAUUCAUACAGGGGAGAAACCAUAUCCAUGCCUGGAAUGUGGGAAGAGCUUCAGUUACAGGCAGAUUCUUACUUUGCAUCAAAAAGUUCAUAUAGGGGAGAAACCCUAUCAAUGCUUUGAAUGUGGAAAGUGCUUCAGCCAGGGGAUCCAUCUCACUUCCCAUCAAAGAAUUCAUACAGGGGAGAAACCAUAUGAAUGCUUAAAAUGUGGGAAGAGCUUCAGUCUCAGGCACAGUCUCACUUCGCACCAAAGAAUUCAUACAGGAAGGAAACCCUAUCAGUGCUUGGAAUGUGGAAAGAGCUUCCGUCAAAGUUCCCAUCUCACUUCCCAUAACAGAAUUCAUAAAGGGGAGAAACCCUAUCAGUGCUUGGUAUGUGGAAAGAGCUUCCGGAGGGGACCAAGCUCACUUCCCAUCAAAGAAUUCAUACAGAGGGAAAACCAAAAAGGAAAAAUAAUAACGCAAACAUUAUUGAACAACCCUUACAAAACACAUUUGUAUAGAAAAGAGAAAGGGCGGAGGAGAAUAACUAAAAAUACCCUUUAUCACAUUUGUAUCAUAUAUAUCAUAUCAUUUGUCAACACAUAGAAAGGCAGGCUCCCCAGCUCUCCCUGGGUGCCCCCUUCUCCUUGUCUCCCACCCUGAGUGAUCGUUCCUCUGUAGCAAUAAUUAUUCAGAAUACGCUCUCCAGGAUAAACCCAGCUGUAUUUAGUAUCCAGUAACCUUCAGCAAGAUGGCACUUUCCCUACAUUGUGCCCCCACAGCCCAGCCUUCAAAUCUUAACCACUCAGACAGUAAUCAUCUAAUACAGUGGUACCUCAGGUUACAUACGCUUCAGGUUACAUACGCUUCAGGUUACAGACUCCCCUAACCCAGAAAUAGUACCUCGGGUUAAGAACUUUGCUUCAGGAUGAGAACAGAAAUGGUGCUCCGGCAGCGGCAGCAGGAAGCCCCUAUUAGCUAAAGUGGUGCUUCGGGUUAAGAACAGUUUCAGGUUAAGAGCGGACCUCCGGAGCAGAUUAAGUACUUAACCCGAGGUACCACUGUAAUCCAAAUUAGUAUUUCUCCAGUUUCUAGGUCCAGUUUCUAUAAAGCCAUAUUAAAACUGUUCCAACAAAUCUCAGUCAAGUCACAGUCCAAAAUUAUUGUGUCUUUUAAUGUUUAUCCAAUCCUGCUUCCUCUUCUUUUACUAAUCUUUCCUAAUCCACUGGGGGUGGGGAAGAAGGCAUAUUAAAUCCCUUUCCUCAUACGAAAUCAUAGCUUGUGGUGUGAACAGUUUCAGGAGUUGCACUGCAUCCCCUUUUGCUGGAUGUACAUUUUUCUCUGCUGACAAUUCCCACACCAGCUCAUCCCAACGCAGCCUUGUCUUUCCAUGGAGCUCUUGCUCUCUCCUCUUGUUCUUCCCUCACCUGCUCAACAGAACCUUCUGCCACUCCCAGCAACUCCUUUCCAAUGACUCCCAGCUUAUGACCCACACAUUCACCUCAGUCUCUCUUUCUGGGACCCGUCUUGGUCUUCCAUGCCAAGGAGCUCCAUGUCUGGAUGGGCUCAGUGUGACCUUGAGAUAACAAAAUGCAAAUCAUAAUAAAUCCAGCUGCCUCAGCAGAAAAGAACAAAACCUUCUGGAAGGAACCAGUGUUUUCCAGUAUUUUCCGGUUUCUCCUCUCAGGAUUUUAGCCAUGACAUUUUGUCCCACUGCCAGAAAAGCAUCUUUAGCUCCCUAGUUUCUGUGGCAACACUUUGGCUCAAGUUUCCAUCACAGAAUCGUAGAAUGGGAGAGUCGGAAGUGUGGGGAUGUUUAGGGAGGCAGGAGAAGGAUAUAUUGUUUACUAAUAUCCUUCCUAACUUGCAUUAGCCGGUACUAGAACUUCGCAGAGUUCCAAACAUUCCCCUUUUUAAAUUUGCACGGUGGUUAGCUUGUUGCAGGCUUGCUUAAGCCUCUUUAAAUAUAGGAUUCCUGCUAAGAUCCCUUCUACUCCCUCAUAAAGAUAUGACACAAUCUUAUUAUAGUAAAUCUAAAAGUAGUUUACUCACUCAUUCAGUUCACAGAUGCAUCCCUGAAGGCAGACUUGGGUUACAAAAGUGUAUAACUUUAUGAACUGUCCCAUAAGGGAGUUAGUCCCAAGUGACUGCAACUGAGCUGUCACUUCUCCUAACAUAUAGAAGGGAGCCUGGGUGUCAUCUGGUCCUGCCCCCUGCAAGUCAGGAAUCUCAUCCAAGACAGAUGGCCAUCCAACCUCUGCUUUAAAAACUCCAUGGAAGGAGAGUCCAGCACCUACCAAGGGAGUCUGUUCCACUCUGGAAGAACUCUUCCUGUCCUAAAGUAUUUCCUGAGGUUUAGCUGGAAUCUCCUUUCUUGUAACUUGAAGCCAUUGCUCCAUCCUGAACACCUUGCUCCAUCCUGCAGGUGACAGCCCUUUCAUAACAUGUAUACGUUGUAGAAAAUAACAAUUCCAUAAAACGGCAUUUGGAUGAUUCUUAUUUCUUUUAAGCCUAUGGCCUAACUUAAUUGAAAAGGCCUGUGCCUGCCUACCUUUGAUGGAACAGAACAAGCUGCUUUUAGGUACUGUAUGUAGCAAAUGUCUGUUCCAGUACCCUGAAAAGAAUAAAGUGGGAGUUGUAUGCAUGAAAAGAGAAUCAGCCAGGCAUGGCAAUUUUGAUUCAUCUUGAACUGUUUUGCAGAUGGGUGAAAGAGGACGUUGGAAGACAUUUAGUGAUUAGGAAUAUUAGCCAAAGUCUUAAAAAGAAAGACACAAAAAAUAGUUAUAUAUGAUAUUAUGACCAGGGCAUAUCUGAAGAGCCAAAUGAUUUUGGUUAGUUCAGGAUGAUGACAUUUGGUUGCAACUAUUAAGAUUGCUGUGAUCCUUUGAUUGGUGAAUAGGAAUGAUGUGCAAUUUGCCAUUCCAUCCACAAAAACCCUAGAAUAAAAUAUAAAUUACUUAUUGAUCGGAGAAAGAGAGGCGGAUUUGACCUAUGUGACCUGGAAUUAUAUCAUGGUGCAGCAGCUCUGACCUGCUUAAAGGAAUGGAUUAAGUUAAAGGAAACUGAUGUGUUAGAUCUGGAGGACGUAGGCACUCGAUUUGGAUGGUAUGCAUACCUAAUAGAUGGAAAGGAGAGAGUCCACAAGGGUUUUCUGGACCAUAUUAUAAGGAAAUCAUUGUAUAAAAUAUGGAUGUAUAUAAAGGGAUCCUAGAACCCAAAACUGUUGGAUUUAAGCAGGUUUCUUGCACAGCCUGCUAUAAUUUCUGGCCAUCCUUCACACUUCCCUGUGCCACUGGAUGUGAGCCAGUGUGGUGUAGUGGUUAAGAGCGGUAGUCUCGUAAUCUGGGGAACCAGGUUCGCGUCUUUGCUCCUCCACAUGCAGCUGCUGGGUGACCUUGGGCCAGUCAUGCUUCUUUGAAGUCUCUCAGCCCCACUCACCUCACAGAGUGUUUGUUGUGGGGGAGGAAGGGAAAGGAGAAUGUUAGCCGCUUUGAGACUCCUUAAAGGGAGUGAAAGGUGGGAUAUCAAAUCCAAACUCCUCCUCCUCCUCUUCUUCUUCUUCUUCUUCUUCUUCUUCUUCUUCUUCUUCUUCCCAGUUUCAAGCAGAGUAUCGCAGCAGUGGUGUGCCUUGUGUAGGUGCAAUAAAUAACAGGUCCAUACACUGA